AUGGCAAAAAAACACGUCACCAUGCUCGAGAACAAUCCCGAGGUGAUGAACGCCUUGGCCAAGAAGUUGGGUCUCUCCGGCGACCUGGCCUUCUACGACGUCUACUCGCUCGAUGAACCCGACCUCCUAGCCCACAUCCCACGCCCCGCCUACGCUCUACUUGUCAUCGUCCCCAUGACCCCCGCAUGGAAGCAAGACCGCGAAGCAGAGGACGCCGCGCUCGGCGACCCGGCCGGCUACUACCACGGCGGACCAGCCGGUGCCGGGGAGCAGCCCAUCAUCUGGUUCAAGCAGACUAUCCCCGAUGCUUGCGGCUCGUACGGCUUGUUGCACUGCGCCAUUAACGGCCCGGCCGCGAGAUUCAUUCUCCCUGGCACCCUCCUCGAGCAGCUGCGCAACGACGCCAUUCCGCUGCCCAAGGACGAGCGGGCACAAAUGCUCUACGACAACACGGCAUUCGAGGAGGCCCACCAGUCCGUCGCCGCCCUGGGCGAUACCCCUGAGCCCCCGGUCGGGAAGAGCGAGCAUAAGGGCCAUUUUAUUGCCUAUGUCAAGGCGAACGGGCACCUUUGGGAAUUGGAGGGUGGACGGGAUGGGCCGCUGGACCGAGGCGAGCUUGGGGAAGACGAGGAUGUCUUGAGCUCGACGGCGCUGGAGCUGGGCAUGAAGCGGAUUAUCAAGCUGGAUUCGGACGCUGGCGGGAAUGAUCCUCGCUUUAGCUGCAUCGCACUUGCCCCGAGCUCGGCCUGA